CGUGUCACGGUGGCCUUUACCUGCCGCCCGGCUUGUCGGAAAGCCUGCUGCCGUGUCCCGUUCCCCUCUCUAGAGGGUUUGCCUCUUUAAAGAAGAAAAGCUUGCCCAGUCGCUGCUUUUUUUUUCCAAAUUCGUUCAUGUAAUUAUUCAAAGCAGUUUUAUGUUUAGGCGCUUGUGUGUUGUGGUUUCUGUUUAUUCUCCUUGUUCUGCUGUUCACCUAUGCUUUAUUCCUGAAAACGCUUUCAGCUGCCUCUGUGUGCACCUGCCUUCGAUCUUAAGUUCCCUCCUUGCCGAGGACUCUCCAUACCUGCUCUUUAGAAGACCCUGCAAUGCCAAAGAAAAGCAGAGUAGCGCAUAACACUGUAGGAAGUUGUUCUGUUAUGUUUGUCUGGCAUAAUAGUUCCAGAAUUAAACUUGGAUUAUACUGUAGGCUUGUUGCUAAUUUGCUGUUGAGGAGGAGAUGUUGUUGAAACACGUAAAAGUGGGUGAACUGUAAUUCUUGAACACUACAUAUGUUUUGUUUCUUUAGAAGAAUAAAUUUUUCUCCUCUUUAGAAGAAAAUAUUAGGAAAUGGCAGAAGCUGUUUUCCAACCCCCAAGAAGGAAAAGAAGAACUUUUGAGUCAUAUGAAUCUCCCUUUCCUGUGGAUGUAGAUGGCAAGGAUUUCAGAAUAUACCAGGCUGAAAUUAUUAACAACAAUGUUGUUGUGAGGAACCCUGAAGAUAUUGAACAGCUGUAUAGCAAGGGCUAUUUUGGUAAAGGUAUUCUUUCAAGAAGUCGACCAAUGUACAGCGUUUCAGAUCCUUUACUGAUUACGAAGUGGCAAGGUACUAACAUAAACCUGCCUAUCAUUGCAUCAAAAAAGUACCAGUAUCAUGUUCAGUGGGCUAAAAGUAUUUUGCAAGAGCAAGGAUUUGAUGACUGCUCAAUUAGCAAAAUUCUUGAAAACUACACUAAGCCUCUUGAGUUGAAAAAUGAUGGAGCUGAGCAAACUGGUGAUUGUUGCAACAGAAUGGACCCAAGUACAGAAAACGUAGAGCUUUCGAGAAAUUCUUCUACGGACACUGGAAAUGCAGUACCUCCAAGUCAUGAGUGUCGUAAUCAGAAGGAAGGCUACAAGAAAGCCAGUCUGGAAGGAGAUCCAGCUUGUGAUCCUUUGGCCGUAUGUGGCUCUAAAGCACAGGAACCACCUGACUUGAAAGAGAUAGCUGAAGUGUCUUGCCAGAAGCACAGUUUUCUUGUGCGUUGUGGCUGCAAGGCGAAGGAGAGCACUGAACAAAGAUGUUGUGAGACGGUCGCAUCAAAAGAAUGUGCUCCAGAAUAUGUAUUGGUGCAAGAGGAAGAAGAAAGUAGUUUAUGCCCUGAAGAUAACUCUGCUGGUGAGCAAGGAAAUUUUAUCAAGAAGGAAAAACUAGUAUGCAGAAGAAAUCCAUUUAGGAUUUUUGAAUAUUUACAACUCAGCUUGGAAGAGGCUUUUUUCUUGGUGUAUGCUCUAGGAUGUUUAACGAUUUAUUAUGGGGAGGAGCCUUUAACUAUUCUGAAGCUAUGGGAAGUUUUCAGCGAAGUGAAGCCCAAUUUUAAAACUACGUACAUGGCAUAUCAUUACUUCCGCAGUAAGGGAUGGGUCCCCAAAGUCGGACUGAAGUAUGGAACCGAUCUCUUGCUGUAUCGAAAAGGUCCCCCCUUCUAUCAUGCAAGUUACUCUGUCAUUGCUGAAUUAGUUGAUGAUAAUUUUGAAGGCUCUCUUCGGAGACCACUCAGCUGGAAGUCCUUGUCUGGCUUGAACAGAACAACUGUUAAUGCUUCUAAGGAACUUAUGUUAUGCUAUUUGAUUAGACCGUCUAAUAUGACUGAAAAAGAGAUGUCCACACCAGAAUGUAUGAAAAGAAUUAAGGUUCAGGAACUGAUUGUAACUCGGUGGGUUUCUUCUCGUGAGCGCAGUGAGCAAGAUGAAAUUUAACUGACUGUAUGUGGAAGAAUUUAAUCUGUGUAAAAAAAAAUUUGUGUGCAUGUUUUUUUGUUUUGUUUUUUUUUAAAACCUAAUCUCAUGAGGAACCAUUGCCUCAGAAUGUUUUAUUAAGCUAUUCAAUGACUAUGUAUAAAUGCUAUUAAAAUCAAGGCAUGUCCUGUUUGCUGGAGAGAAUGUUGUAUUGGAAAACAUAACUGUAGUAAUGCAUACAAA